GGCCGAUGUAGGAGUGUCUGCCAAGUGACCCAUCAUGUCUGUGAGCAAUAUCAGUCAGGCGGUGCAUACUUGCUGCAGCGAUGUAGUAUAGUCCCCACAAUGCCGAUCGCAUGUACAGACAUUGCGAUCCUGAACGGCGCGUUUCGUCGGCCUGUUGGUGCUGGUAAAGGGUGGAAGCAACACUGGCCAAGACCAUUGAAGAAGGAGAAUACAAGACAGGAUAUAAAGGUGUGCUUGUGCAGCACAGCUGAAGAACGUCAGCAGCCAUUUUGGUCCAUCUAUAUCAUCGUUUUUCUAGUCAGAAAUCAUGAGCCAAACAAUUCUCACCACUGCGCGUCUUGUUCUGCGCCCUCUCGCGCCCGAGCACAAGGACUUUUUGUUUCAGCUCGACUCUGACGCCGAAGUCAUGAAGCAUAUCGGUUAUGGAAAACCACUCAGUGCUGAAGACUCUGCCAUUGUCCACAAGCUUCUCCUCGACACAGCAUCAUCCGGCAGUGGAUCCGGCUGCUGGGUCGGAUACCACAAUGAUGAGUGUGUUGGCUGGUGGGUCCUCUGCCCACAUCAAAGCGAAGACACACCACCAAAGAUCAACCUCGAAAGAGCUGAAUUCGGCCUGCGCAUCCUGCCGAAAUUCUGGGGCCAAGGAUUUGCAAAAGAGGCUUCACGCGAGCUGAUCAGACACGGUUUCCAAGACCUGGGCAUCAAGGAAGUUUUCGGCGACACCAUGACGGUCAAUACCGGGUCGAGAGCGACCAUGUCUGCUUGCGGGAUGAAAUUGGUUCGCACGUUUUUCAACGUGUACGACACUCCACCAGCCGGGAUUGAGGAAGGCGAGGUCGAAUAUCGUAUCACUUUGGAUGAAUGGAUGUCCCUGCAGAGAAAGACAGUGCUACAGCCUUGGCGGCAAGGUGCAUCGUCGCUUGACAACACACAAACAGAUGGGAAACGAGCUGCAUUGGCGAUGCCACUUGGCGUUACUGUGUAAAGUGCUCACUGAGUAUUCAAAUCUUCUGGCCAGGAAUCGGUUCCUUGGGAUCACCGCGCUGCUGGGGCAUAGGUAGCUUGGGGAUGUGUCGUAGCUCAGGGUCGAAGGAUUGUAGUCAACGUCGUUCUCGGUAGAAGGAUUUGCCAAGUUCCCGCUUCGUUAGUGUGCCCCAUCCAACGUUCAUCCUCCGCCUCCAUCUCGGUUCAAUGCGCCAGUAUAGCAGGAUCUAAUCAAUCAUUCGGAUCAUCAGUGAGUCCAAGCGUCCUAGUUUUAGCUGGCAUCUAAUCAAUCAACCGGAUCACGCUGGGGCUCAAUAGUCUCAGUAAUCCUUCUACCGUCUCUUGGAGUCUUGG